AUGUGGUUCUGGAUUAUCGCCUUCCUUCUAACGUUCAUAGCAAUUUUCGGUAACGCUCAAGUUAUUUAUCUUAUCUUGACGCGAAAGCACCUACGCACAAAAUCAAACUGGUUCGUGUUGUCACUCGCUGUAGCAGAUCUCGCUUUAGUUUCUGUCUUUAUACCGCCUCACUUCUCGUGCAGCAUAACCCACUGCAGCCAUCAGAUUGUCAUUCUUCAUUUUGUGUCAUAUUUUGGAGAAGCGUCUGUUUCCAACAUGAUCGCCUUCACAAUGGACCGUUACUUCGCUAUAGUGAGGCCACUGAAGUACCCGCUCAUUAUAACAAAAACAAAGAUUGUCCUUCUUCUUAUCACCGCCUGGAUGGCGCCCUUGGUACUGGACCUUAUUCCUACGUUUUUUCUGUCCAACGAAAAUAUUUCUCGUCUUCUAAGCAUGGUAAUUUUUCAGAUAACACCUUGCUUUUUGUUAGUGAUUGCAACUAGGAAAAUGAUCAAAAUAGCGAAAAACCAUUCGAGGCGCACGUCAGUGCUGUUGAAACAGUUAAGGUUCAACCAUCGGAAGGAGCCAAUCAGGAGAAGCAAGCCAGAGGCAUCUUCUGCUCGCUUGAUCACUGUGGUGGUGGGAAUUUUUUUAAUCUGUUACAUAUGUCAGUCUUUAUCUUCACUGUGUGCCUGUUUUCGAUCUUGUAAAGAAUCACAACCCCAAAAUCUUGUUCAAUAUACCUUAGCAUUGCUUCUGAUCAUAAAUUCUGGUGCCAACCCUUUCGUCUAUGCACUUUUUAAAAGAGAUAUGAAAAAGGAACUUUUUCAAAUCUAUCUCUGUAAAUUACGAAAAGGGAGAUGA